AUUAACAAGAGUUCAAUCUUCUUAAAAGGUUCUCAAUGUGAUAAACAGCCUAUAACAGAUUACAUCAGCGAACAGAAAGAUUUAUUUCUACUGCAGUAUGCAGUAACAGAAAAGAAACAAACCGUAAAGCACCUGGAAGAAUUAACAGCACAGAAGGAAAAAGAAGCAAAAUCUGCAGAAGAAAAGUUAGAUAAAGAAUUAAUUGCAUUUGAAGAAUUUCUUGAACAAAAUAGUAUGAGUGCCAUGGAUGCAUUUAGAAAUGCAAGUAAAGAAAAAAAGUCCAAAUUGAAAAUGGCAACACAUGUAAGGUCAGCUGUAAAAGAAAUCUGUACUCUUAGAAGUGAAAUCUCAGAUGCCGAGUUUCUCCUCCAGGAGUCCUUACACUACGAAGCUUUUUUGAUGGAGCUGUCUCCAAAAGAAUGGCAAGAACAACAAAAAGCAAAGAGAAUGGAAGCAAGAGCUGAAAAGUACAAGAAAAGAAGGAUGCACAAAACUCAAAACCUCCUCCAUUCUGGACAAAGCCAACUACAAUAUGAUCCCAACUCUUUUAAGCUAGGACUAGAAGAAGGAGUGGAAGCAUGGACUGAAUGUAGAUCUGAAUCAAGUGAUAGCAGAGCGUCAUCACCAAGUAGGUGGGAAAAUAGGAUGGACAGUGUAGUAGCCAACGACUUGCCUGUGGAGGAUGUGGAUUGUGAUGUGGUGCCAGAGAUAUAUUUCACUGAUCCAAAACAGUUACUUCAGAUUUUCAGCGAUCUAGAGGAACAAAACCUUGCAUUGAUUCAGACUAUUCAAGACUUAGGAGAAACAGUGGAUGAAAUUGAAUAUACAACCAGUGCCAUAAAGGAAAAAAUAGCUGACAAAAUAAGGAUCCUGGCUAGACACAAAAAGGUGCUAGAAGCAGCCUGUGUUAAAGAAGAAGAAAAAAGCAUCCAGUUGGCACUAAAGACCAAGAUGUUUUCUGUUGGAGAGUUUAGUUCAGAAAUCCAGGACAAAAUGCUGAAUAUGCUUAAUAAAAAGAUUGCAGAAGUAUAUAAAUGUAGUGUUGGAAGAGAAGGGACAUCAAAUCUUAGCUCAAUUCAGAUGUUGAAAAAAAUUGAGGAUCGGAUAGAAGAAUUAUGUGACUUGAUGGAAACAAUCCCAAGUGAAAUUAUUGAACAAGCUGAGAAAAGAAAGAUGAGUGAGAGAAGGAAAAGGUUACGCGAAGAAAAACUGAGACGAGAAAAGGAACUUCAGACAGAACGUCUUAAAUCUUCUCUACAGAGAGCUAUUGCAGAACCAAAGAAAAAGGUGGGAAGACGACUGGUAUUUCGUUCACAACCUUCACCCAUUAAAACAAAGAAGGCAGCCAAAGCUGAAGUCCCUGCAAAUACCGAAGAUGACUUACAGUUUUUCAUUUAGAGGUUCCACUUCCUUUCUACUCAAAAUAGGGUUAAGAUA